AUGAGUUUAGUGAGAGCCAGUAUUGCGUCUCUUCUACUCAUUUCCUCUUCACAAAAACUACAAGAGCCCUCCGAAAAUAACUACGUCUCCCCAGAUGUUUUCCUGACUUUUUGUGUGGCACAAAAACAUGUCGCGUACCAGGGUAUAACGUGGGAAACACUCAGAAGUGAUGGAAAAAAGUGCUUCGCAGAUGUUAGCGAAUCACUCGUCCCGGGUCAUAUCCACGUGUCACAACAGGAAGAAAUUCAUAACUGA